CUUGAUUUUCGAAGCUCAGUUGUUGAUUUAAUUUAAAAGUGAACUGUUCGCUAGAGAUAAUAAAAUUAAAUCGAUUAUUUGAAAACAAGAGAAAGGUGAAAAAUGCCUCAAAUACCUGAAGCUAUUAUAAGGCAAUUGCCUAAAAGAAAGAGAGCAGAAGGCUUUGAUGUCGAAUAUAAAUUGAAAUAUUCUGGGACGACUGAAACUGAUAAGCGCACAAUGACUUUUGUCGAUAAUUUAUGGGGAAUUGAAGUGACAGGUGGAGCGGAUCAGUUCGAACCUUUAACUAUUAUCGCUGUCAGGCGAACGGGUCUUGCACGUCGUGCUGGCAUUCGAGUGGGAGACAUAAUAACAAAAAUCAAUGACACACCUGCAUCGGAUCUCACAUUGCUUGAAGCUCAAUUGGAAAUUCAUGAGUCGGGACGAUACGUGAAAAUUUUCGUUAAGGGCGAUGAAGACAAUGACAGCGACGAUGAAAAUAUCUGCGAUUUUUGGUUUAAGCCUUUAAAGAAGGGAGACCUGGAAUUGAUGGAAUGGGAAAGAAGGCGUAAGAAGAAGCGCGAAGGUUUCCUUGGAACGACAGAAGGCGCCCUAUCUACAAGUAAACAACUUUUAAAGACGAGGUCAAAGUCAAUCGGACCAUCUGUUAACCGUCUUGAAUUCUGUUUCAAUUGCAGGGAAUCAAACUGUUACUUGGUGCCAAGUGUAGUUCUAGAGAAGCGUGAACGCGAAAUCAGAUUGAAGGCAACGAAAGAAGAGUAUUUGAGAAAUCUUCGAGAACUGGCGGCUGAGAAAGAAGAACAGAAACGUCUUGAACAAGAAGAGCAAGAGGAAUUUGAAGCUCUUGCGCGAGAGAGUGAAGAGAAUUUGACAGAAUUUAGUGAAAUAAUUAAGACAACUGAAACAACUUAUGCCAGCCAGCCAGACACUUAA